AUGAAUGCAGAACACAGUGUCAUUACAGAUCCGUCUUUGAUUGUGAACGAAUGGGAGGAUCUGUUUCGUACUCAGUCGGAAUCGUCGUUAUCUCGAAUGAUCAUCGACGGAGAGUUGGACCUGUGCCAAGCACCACCGAUGCCACAGCACGAAGAGAUGCUCACACGAUUGGCACAAGUCCAGGCACAAAUUCUUGGUAUCUGGGACGCGAUUGCGGCCGAAGACGAACGAACUCUCAAGCAGCUUCUCUUUCAGAAGGACAUGGCACUAUGCAGGGACCAACACGGACGUACUCCGUUACAUUUGGCCUACAGGAGAGCAUAUCAACCUUGUAUCGACUAUUUGUUGAAAUUGGCACCAGAAGCGGAACUGAUUCGAGACAAGAAAGGACGACUUCCUCGAGACUACGCCUCCAAACUGACGUCGAAGGAUGGUUCUAAACGUGACGUACGCAGGGUCAGUCUGACUUCUAGCUUGGUCAGAUUUUUUACAAGUUAA